UGGCAGGGCCGGGGCGGGGCUUGGGGUGGCCCAGCCGCCGCCUCCUCUGCUCACCGCGGUUUCUGGUGCCGCGGAGGAACCCGACACGCAGCGGUCCCUCUCCCGCCUCUGCCGAAGCCGAAGCUGCUGCCGGCGCGGGGCCAGGGCCAUGGGCGCCCCGCGCCGCCCGGGUCAUGAGGACGGAGGCGGAGGCAGCGGGGCAGCAGCUCGAGCCGGGGGACUUUGUGCAGCUGCCAGUGCCCAUCAUCCAGCAGCUGUACCACUGGGACUGCGGCCUAGCCUGCUCCAGAAUGGUGUUGCGGUACCUGGGCCAGCUGGACGACAGUGAGUUCGAGCGUGCGCUGCAGGAGCUGCAGCUGACCAGAAGCAUCUGGACCAUUGACCUGGCCUACCUGAUGCGCCACUUUGGUGUGAGGCACCGCUUCUGUACCCAGACCCUGGGCGUUGACAAGGGCUACAAAAACCAGUCCUUUUAUAGGAAACACUUUGACACAGAGGAGACCCGGGUAAAUCAGCUGUUCACACAAGCCAAGGCCUGCAAGGUGCUGGUGGAAAAAUGCACGGUGAGCAUACAGGACAUCCAGGCACACCUGGCACAGGGCCACGUGGCCAUUGUGCUGGUGAACUCAGGGGUGCUGCACUGCGACCUCUGCUCUAGCCCCGUCAAGUACUGCUGCUUUACACCCAGCAGCCACCGCUGCUUCUGCCGCACGCCAGAGUACCAGGGCCAUUUCAUCGUGCUGCGUGGCUACAACCGGACCACUGGCUGCAUCUUCUACAACAACCCAGCCUACGCCGAUCCAGGAAUGUGCAGCGCCAGUGUCAGUAACUUUGAGGAAGCCAGAACUAGUUAUGGCACAGACGAGGACAUCCUCUUUGUCUACUUGGACAGCUGACGGCAGGAGCCUGGUGUCCCCAGGCCCUUGGAUCCUACUCUACCCUGUCCAGCUGAGGCUACUCAGGAGGCCAUGCCCGGGCCUGGGGCUGUUGGAGUUGUAAUGCAAAACUGCUUGAGCCAGUGUGAUGAAGCUCUAGGGAACUCGAGGAGACCACAGCAUGCCUGCUUCAUCUGCCACUGCUGAGAAUCAUCACGCCACUUAACCCCCACACCUGCUAGUGGCUGGAGGCAGGGCCUCCCCCGGACUCUGAGCCUGACUCCUUCCAAGCCCAGGGAAUAUCCAGCCUAUUGGUGCCCUUCUUGUCUAUGAUCCAGACCCUAGGGUGGGGGGAGACCCGAGCCCAUGUCUUUGAGACAGGGACUGACUGCUAAAGAGAGAUGCUACUUGUCAGGACAGCAUCUGUGCGUUUGGAGCCUAGCCCAACUGCCAGGGCUGUGGAUUGCACCAGACCUUGAUAGGAACUGCCCUCAGCCCUCUCCCUGGAAGUGCUGCAGACCCCCUGUCCUCUUUGAUGGAUGCCAUUGCCCCUCCCAGUAGCCCUAGUGGGCUGGUUGCACUGUCUUUUGGCCCUGUGGAGGGCUGGACCUCAGGCAAAGAGGACUCUGAAACUCCCCAGGUACUCAGACCUCCAGGGUGGAGGGUAUUAGGCAGGCUUGGUAGGUAGGGUCUGUGGGCUGGCGAUGCUCAGCGUGCUCCAGGAAUGCCUGACCAAGGACCAGAACAUCUGCCUGAACCCCAAGGAUUCCCCCCUCCCCGCAGACAUACUUUGAGGCCUAUCACAGUAGCCUAAGUCCUGAGUGGGAGGAGCCAGAAUCGCCAGGGCUGGGUGCUGUGCUCCUGAAGCAAUGUUGAGGAAGCCUAUGGCUUCCCAUCCACUCUGGAGUUCACGCCGCAGCCUUGUAAAGACGUUGGUUCUCUUCUGUUUUGACAGUGAAGGGUACUUGCCCAGGAUCACGUGGCAUGAAUCAUGAACUGGAGCUGUUCUCUUCCUCUUCCCACCCCCUCCCACAAGUGAGAUAAUAAUAGUGAGUUUGCAGGUACUUUGGAACCACUGACACCUCUUUUCAUGAGCCAGGUAAGCCAUCUCAAUGUCUCUUCCAAAGAGAAGGGGACUCACCAUGAGGCGGACUGAGUAUCCAGGCCCAUUAUCUUACAAAGUCGGCCCAGUCUGUGAAGUUUGCCAGGAAGUAGUCGUGCUUCAUCUUAAACCUAGGUCUGCACCUGAAAAAUAAGGAUAAUUAUCAUUCCCAAGGGAAUGAAUGAAUCGUUCCCAGAGGACCAGGGAUGCCUCAGUAGUCAUACCACCCUGCACCCCUGUGUCUUGGUCGAGCAGUGCUGAGGGCAUGAUGCAGUGCAGCUGCUGCCCCUCCCAGACUGUAAGCCACACUCAGCAUCUGCCUCCAUCAGCCCCUGGCCCUACCCGGGUGGCUGCUUGAGAAGCUGCGUUGGGUCCUGUUUACAGGACUGUCAGACUACCCAGCCAGUUGCUCCUCAACACCAGAGGCCUCCUUGGGUCAAGAGGGAGGCACUGCUAACUGGGCAGCUACCCUGGGUUUCAGAGACUAGUGUUGCCCUCGGACUGGUCUCAUAUCUGUUGCCUUAAUGCUGGGUGGCCCAGGAUCCCGGGGAACUCCAGUUCCACAAGUUUCCUGUGUGACAGCUGUGGGGGUUUGGGCAUUCUCAGGAGAAUCCAGUGAAAAUAGCUGUACAGAGGGAAGCAGUGAGGUAGCCAAGCUUCCACAGUGGCUGCAUGAGAGACAUGACAGCCGUGCCAGUAGGUCUAGCAUGGGAACAGCCUCUACCAGGAGAGUGGUCACAAUACCUCAGUCCAUCAUGGGACACCGAAAUUGGCCCCGGCCUUGGAGGAGGCUUCUCAGGGCAAGCCACAAGCUAGAUGUCACCCACCUGGAAGGUUACGAGAAAAGCUGCCUGCCCCGAGGUGGUGCCAGCUGAUGGGGGAGUGUUGUGCAAACAGUGUCGUGUUCUUGCGCAUGUCAUGAAAGGCAGGCUGGAAGAGUCCAGACAUCAGGAGCUUCUGCCCACAGCACAUGGCACCCUCAGCCCCCUGUCUGCACACUGGGGCCCAGUGCAACCCCUGAAGCCACACUGGACUAUUGACGUCUUCACUCCAGCCACACAGGGACAAAAGGGAUCUUUUGCAUUGCAGAGAUUUUAUACAUAAAUAUAUUUUGUUUGUAAUGAGCCAUUCUCAAUAAACAUUGUCACUGCA